AUGAUAGAUGCAAUACCUUAUAAACGUUAUCGUCGUCAAUACAUGCAGGUUCCAAGAGAUGACCUUCCUUAUGGAGGAUGGACUGGAGGAUCGGACAAUCCAAGUGGUGCUAUCCCGGGCGCUUACUAUGGUACUGGAAUCAAUCCGAAUUAUGGUGACCUUGGACCAAACAUUAAUGAUGCUGACAGUAGCAUCAGUGCAAUAAGUUAUAGUCAAGGAUAUUCUCCGAACAGCGGUCUAAUUCCAAAUUGGAACCAACAGCUACAACAGCAACAAUACAAUUUAUACAGCAAUAAUUAUAAUGCAUUGCAAAGGCCAAAUAUUAACAAUUAUUUUCAUCGACCGUACAAUCGCUAUCCACCAGGAAGUCCAGGAUGGUAUGCAUCCGGUAGUAAUUAUUGGUAUAAUAAUGGGCAAUCUAUUAUUUCACAUACUUGGCUUUUGAUAACAAGUAUUCUAAUUUCAAUUAUUUCUAUGUAA